AUGGCUGAGGCACAGCCUGCUGUGGCAGAUGGCAAUCAGAAGCUGUUUCCCUGUGAAGUCUGUGGGAGACGCUUUGCAGCAGAUGUCCUGGAAAGACACGGACCAAUAUGUAAAAAACUAUUCAACAAAAAACGCAAACCCUUCAAUUCCUUGAAGCAAAGAUUACAGGGAACUGACAUUCCCACUGUGAUUAAGCCUCCUCAGUCCAAGGUUCAACCCGUGAGGAAAUCUAACUGGAGGCAGCAGCAUGAGGACUUCAUCAAUGCUAUUCGGUCAGCAAAAGAAUGCGCUCUAGCCAUAAAAGAGGGCAGGCCCCUUCCCCCUCCACCCCCUCCAACCAUCAACCCAGAUUAUAUUCAAUGCCCAUAUUGUAUGAGGAGAUUUAAUGAGACUGCUGCCCAGCGACACAUUAAUUUCUGCAAAGAUCAGUCUUCCCGACGUGUAUUCAAUCCAGCCCAAACAGCAGCUAGGCUGGCAUCCAGAGCUCAGGGUAAGGCCCCCGCAAGUCCCAGAAAACAGCCAACUGUUACGAGUGCUGUGGGAACGCUGCUGCAGAGCAGGGCUGUGGAGACCAAAAAUGACGUCACGGCCAGUUCAAGUAAGUCAGAGCAGGCUCUGGAGUUGUCCAGUCCUGAGGGUAGAGCCUCCAUCCUGCAGUGGCGAUCUGCUGGUGGUCAGUAA